AUGAUACACGUACGGCAGAGAGUGGGUGUGGUACUUGCGCUGCUGGCUUCGCUCAUAUCAUGCCAAAACACAACAACGAACGUCACUACCGCAUCGACCUUCUACCUUGAUCGGACAGAAACACAAUUCUCUCUCAACAUCGCGGACGACUCAGAUGAUGUGUUCAUCUACUACGCCAGCCCGGCGUACUCAUGGGUCGGCGUUGGGUUUGGAGAGAAGAUGGAAGGGAGUCUGAUGUUCAUCAUGUACCCCAACGACAAGAGUGAUAAUGUAACGAUAUCCACACGCAUCGGGUCCAAAGCCUCAGAACCAACCUACAACUCCUCCGUCUCCAUUACCGUCCUUCCAGGAACCAGAGUCGACGACGACAUGCUCAUCUUGAGAGCGCGAUGUGGCAACUGCCGCUCCUUCAUUGACACCGAAGCGACAGCACACCCGAUGAUUUACGCUUUUGGCCAUGGACAGAACCUGCAAUCCGACUCUCCCUCCGCGAACCUCAAACGCCACAUCCGCUACGGUCACUUCACCAUGGACAUGGCGACCGCUACCGGGCUAGGCGGCGUGCCAGCAAAGAGCAACGCACUCAACGGUGUAAGCAUGGUGGGCGACAUGACCCGAGACCACGACCGAGCGAACCUCGCACACGCAGUCAUAGGAUGUCUAGCGCUCUUCCUACUCUGGCCACUCAACGUGCUGCUCGUGGCCUUCUUCAAGAACAUCAAGAUACACGUCGUCUUCAGCGUACUCAUCAUGAUCUUCCUGCUUGUCAGUUAUGUAUUGGGAGGAGUCACCAGUGCGCAGUAUAAUCGCUCGAAAGCAUUCAACACUCCGCACCAGAUCAUCGCCUUCAUAUCCCUCCUACCCCUCCUCCUGACCAGCGUCCUCCCAUCCCUGAAACCAUACCUCCCGCGCCUCCAAAAAGCUCUCCACACGCCCCUCGCUUCAGCCUCCCUCGUCCUACUCAUCCUAACCGGCGGCCUUGGACUCCACCUCUCAGGCCAAACCCGGCCGAUAGUCCUCAUCUACACCGCCAUAUCCAUCGCCGUCUUCCUCUUCAUCUUCAUCAUCCAGUCAUGCAUCCGAAAACGCGGAUCCGCAUAUUCCCGCGCCGAGAGGCGACAAAACCGCGGAGCGGGCGAGGACAGCGAUGAGAUGGUCAUGCUGGGCAAGAUGGAGGAGAACAGUAUGCCGUAUGGGCACAGUGCGGAGCAGAAUGAUAGUAGGGAGUUUGGUGCUGAUGGACAGAGGCAGCAGCAGCAUGUGAGGAAUACGAGUCGCACGCAUUAUGGCGGUGGGACGAUGCCUGGUCCACAGUAUUUGCUUAAUAUGCAUCCGGGAGUGCCGGUGCAGGUUAGUCGGAUGUGA